ACUUGCCGUCUUCCUCUUUUGCUGCGUAUCAACACUGAUGACACUAUUUACUCCCAUCAUACACUGGGAGAAUUUAACUUCACACCGUGUCUGUGACGGCAUUAAUUCAUUUAUAGACUUCGUGAAGAGUUGAUCAGUCAUGGAUGGAGAUGUGCUGUCAGUGCCUCCAUCAACAUCAGCGGCAGCAGAACUGCCAAACGAUUCUUUGCCUGAAAAAGACAGCAGCCUCCUUCAGAGCCAAGAGGAACACAAAUCAGUAGGACAGACAUGGACGGAGGAGGAUGUGAGCGCCGCGGGUGAACGUCUGCUGUCAGUGGAGGAGAUCACAGAGAGCAUGACGGUCACAUCCAAUGACCAGGAGAAACUGCUGCUCCUCAACAAGAACACUGAGCUGCGCAGAGUCAACAAAGAGCUGAUGAAGCUGAAUGAUGAUUGGGAUCAGGUGUACCGCAGCGCCACGAUGGGUUUACAAAACAGAGUGAAGGCUUUGGAGCUGGAGAACUCCGCCAUCAAACAGCUCAACCACAGAAUGCUGCUGAAAGUGGAGCAUCAACAGGGGGCAAAGGAGUACUAUGAGCAGGCACUGAUGCAGGAGUUUAAGAAGAACCAGGACCUGCAAGAGUACAUAGCACUGCUGGAGAGCAGAAUUCAGCAGCCUGACCACAAGGACGGCAGCACUGAGGCGGGAUGCAGAACUGCAUUGUGCCCCACCAACACCAAUGCUCCUGGAGGCCCUGCAGCACCACCCAGCCACAUCUCUGACUCCAUCCCUCUGUCUUGCUUAUUCCUAACUCCUUCCAGCCUGGAGGCAGGGCUGCAGGGAAGAAGGCCGAGCAGCUGUACCCCACUGGGAAACUCGCAGCAAGAGCUGCAGGAUCUGAAAGAGCAGCUGGCAGUGCUGAGGUGUCAGACCCAGAUUUAUGAAGCAGAGUAUCAGACGGAGCACAGUGACCACAAGAACACUCAGCAGGAGAACCGGAGGCUGAGAAGGAAGAGGGAGGAGAUGCGCCAGCAGGUGGCGCUACUACAAGAGCAGCUGAGGAUUUAUGAGGAUGACUUCAGACGGGAACGCUCAGACAAACAGAUGCUGCAGCGGCUGUUGUUGAAGAAAAUGCCUCCACACAAGGACCCUGUGCUGAUCCACCGCUGCAAUAAUGAUCAACAGCCUCUAGGAGGGGACAAUCGAACAAAACGUGGAGAGAAAGUUCAUCAGCAAAGCAAACAGUAUCACCCCCUCUGUCCCAAGCACUGCAACAAGGACUCGGCCUGAGCAGAGAAAACCAGGCCCACUGUGCAGCAGGGUUCCACUCAUUCAGAAUGAUAGCCACUAAAAUUAAAGGACACCUUUUGGGAAA